AUGCCGUCGAAUUCACCCCCAGCAGUUGAGGGAGCUUUGCCAUCACGGGCGACGGGAAGGACAGGCGGAUCAGGUUCAAUCGCGGAUACGAAUAGCCCACAGCGCCGACGACCCCGCGUGGACUCGGACGUUUCGCGCUCUGGCUCUGUCGCCCCGCAUCAGCAGCUGUCGUCAAACAGGCCCAGCCCGAAGCGCUUCAAGUUUGGUGCCGAAGAUCCUCCCAACUCCAACAUGUCGACCAAGAUGAAGGGCAAGCUCCCCGAGGUCAUCGAUCUCACCCAAUCCAACUCGUACAAGCCGUACACGGGCGCGAAGAAGCUGGUCAUCAAGAAUCUGAGGCCGACGGCAAAGAACGAGCAGCUGGAGCAAUACUACAAAAGGACAGAGCAGGAACUACUCGAUGCUCUCCAAGACAUUUUCAACGGGCGCAAGCCGCAGUUGCCUUUGGAGAGGCUGUAUCGAGCAGUCGAGGACAUCUGUAGGCGCGGUAACAGCAAUGAUUUGCAGCUCUACGAAACACUACGCAGGAAAUGCGAGGAGCAUCUCACUGGCACUGUGCUGCGAUCUAUCAAGGCUCAUGGUGGAAACACCAACGUCGAAAUGCUGCGGAGCGUUCUCAAGCAUUGGCGAGUGUGGAACGGCCAAAUUUUUAGAAGGAUGACGUUCCCGUCUCGAGAAGAUGCCGACGGCCCAUCACCAGGUGGGCGGGCGCUACGGGGCAUGUACGACUUGAUUUCAUACGACCGGACUGGUGACGAACGGUUUGACGCUGCCCUACUGAAAGAAUCCGUCAUGAUGCUCCACGUCUUCAAUAUCUACACGAAGCUAUUCGAACCCCGCUUCAUAGACAGCUCAGCCGAAUAUUUCCAAGACUUUGCGGAGGAACGAAGCUCAUCGAGUCUGAAAGAGUACAUCCUUGCAUGUGAAAAACUCCUUAAGAGGGAAGACUACAGAUGCAAUGAGUACAAUCUCGAUUCCACCACAAAGAAACAACUACUCGAUGCCGCUCACGGUAUUCUAGUCAACAACUACUCCGAUAAGCUAUUGAACAACGAGAGUCUCUCGAAAUUAUUGGCUGAAAACGAGGUCGAGUCUAUGAAGGCGCUCUAUGAGCUAUUGAGACUAUCGGGUAUUCAGAAGAAGCUGAGGGCCCCAUGGAGCGUGUAUAUCAAGAAGACUGGAGCUGCCAUUGUGGCCGACAAGGAACAUGGCGACGAGAUGGUACGAAGGUUGCUUGAGCUGAAGAGGUCGCUCAGCCUGAUCAUUCGGGAUUCCUAUGGAGGCGACUCAGACUUCCUGAAUGAGCUCAAAAAUGCCUUUGGCGAAUUCAUGAACGACCGCACAAUCGAAAAGACGUGGACAUCAGGAACGUCUAAGGUUGGAGAAAUGAUUGCGAAGUACAUCGACAUGCUGCUUCGUGGCGGUCUGAAGGCACUGCCCAAGGCGUUGUUGUCAGAUAACAAGGACCGCGCUGCGGCAGAACAGAGUGGCCAAGCCAGCACUGGAGACGAAGAUGCGGAGCUUGAUCGACAACUGGACCAAGCCUUAGAGCUGUUUCGAUUUAUUGAAGGCAAAGAUGCCUUCGAAGCGUUCUACAAGAAGGAUCUGGCCCGUCGCCUGCUCAUGGGCAGGAGUGCCAGUCAGGAUGCCGAGAGAAAUAUGCUCAGGAAACUGAGGGAAGAGUGCGGUACCAACUUCACACAUAAUCUGGAGCAAAUGUUCAAGGAUGUCGAGGUGGCCAAGGAGGAAAUGGAGACAUACAAGCAGUGGUCAGAAGGCACUGGCGCGGGCAAGGCUCCAGUAGACCUGUCCGUCAUGAUUCUGUCCGCGGCUGCUUGGCCAACGUACCCCGACGUAAGGGUUAAUCUGCCAGACGACGUUGCCAAGCAGAUCGAGCGUUUCGAUCAAUACUACAAGAACAAGCAUACUGGCAGGCUUCUCCACUGGAAGCAUGCAUUGGCGCACUGCAGCAUCAAGGCGAAGUUCCCUAAGGGUACCAAAGAGUUGCUCGUCAGUGCAUACCAAGCCAUUGUUCUCGUUCUGUUCAAUGAGGUUGGACUGGAUGGCUUCCUCGCAUAUGAGCAAAUCGCGCGCUCCACAAACCUUCAAGGGGACGAGCUAGCGCGAACACUACAAUCUCUUGCCUGUGGCCAGGUCCGCGUGCUAGCCAAACAUCCCAAGGGCAAGGACAUCAACCCGACCGACACCUUCACCAUCAACAAGGCAUUUUCACACCCCAAGAUCCGAGUCAAGAUCAACCAGAUCCAGCUCAAGGAGACCAAGGAAGAAAACAAGGCAACGCACGAGCGUAUUGCACAAGACAGACGGUUUGAGACUCAGGCUGCCAUCGUCAGAAUUAUGAAGAGCCGGAAGACGAUGAGCCAUAGUGAGUUGGUAGCCGAAGUCAUCAACAUGACCAAGAACCGCGGUGCCGUUGACGCGGCGCAAAUCAAGAAGGAGAUUGAGAACCUUAUCGACAAAGACUACCUGGAGCGCGAGGGUAAUACUUACACGUACCUGGCGUAG